CCUCCACUCCCGCCGGGCUGGGAGACCUGCUGCGGGCCGUGGUGCGGGAGCUCAGAGUGCAGGAGGGCAGGAUAAGCCGUCUGCAGGCUGCCUAUGUGCCCCCUAUCGACAACGAACAUAAAUGUUGGCGAUCAGGCAAUAAGCAGGCUGACGAUAACAGGGAAGUGUUCCAUCAAGAGAACACCAACAUCCCUGCUGUGCUUGUUGCUUCCCAUCCACCCCGUGGAGAAGACGUUCGUCCAGUGGUUGGGCGCAUGAUCAAGAGGAUCCAGAAACUGGAGCGGACAGUGUUGUGUGCAGUGUCUGAACUCAAGGGUCUUCAGGAGCAAGUGCGAAGUAGCUCCAAAGACGUGCCAGCGGUCGAAGCCAAGCUGGACACCCAGCUGUCAAACAUGAGGAACGAUGUGAAGCAGGCACUCAUGCUGUCCACAGAGAACACUUGUGCACAGGCUGUGAAGACAGUGAACAGUCAGCUCACAAAGGUGGCAGAAGUGCUGUGCAAAAGGAUCGAUGAUGUCGACUGCACAGUGAAGAAUGCAAAGACCGUAGGGAACCAAGUGGAGCAGGUGCAGGAGAGGAUUAAACAACUGGCUGCCACAAAGGUGGAUCUUCAGGCUCUUGAAGUCUACACAGAUGGCAUCAAGUUGUAG